AUGAAUAGAAAAACACAUUUAGAAGAUUUAUCAAAUGAAAUAUUCUUUGAAAUAUUUGAUUAUUUACAUAUGCUUCAUAUAUUUACUGGUUUUACUUUAUUAAAUAAACGAAUAUCGAAUAUAUUACAAUCAACUCCACUUCAUAUUGUUAUUUCAUUUGGAAAUUCUCGUCAACAAAUUGAUUUUCUUUUGUCUCAUUUAACUUCUCAUGAAGAUCAAGUUAUUUCAAUAAAUAUUUUAGAUAGAAUUCGUGAUCAUUCAUCUAUAAUUCAUUUAUUAUUGAAUCGACAUAAUUUUAUUAAUUUAAAAUCAUGUAAAUUCAUAUCAAUUCAAUCAAUGACUAAACUUAAUAAUAUCAUUAAACAAAUUGGAAAUCUUAAUAAACUUGUUAUACUUGAAUUAAUUCAACCAGAUCGUAAAGAUUUAAAUGAAAAUAAUAAUGAUGAAUUAACUCGAAUAUUACUAACAAAUAAAUCGUCAUCUCUUCGUUCAUUUAAACUUCAAUAUCCUAAUCAUUAUUUAAAUAUAUCAAAUUAUGCAUUCAUCAAUUCAAAUCUUAUAUCACUUCAUUUACGAAUAUCUGGUUCAUCUUCAACUGUAUCAAUUCAUACAGUUUUACCAAUUUUUCGUCUUUGUUAUAGAAUACGAUAUUUAGGCAUUGUAUUACAACAUGAUAAACGAUUUGAAAAUAAUAUUAAUGUUUCAAAUCAUCUAUCACCUAUAAAUGAAAAUGAUCUUCCUAUAUUAUCACAACUAACAUAUUUCAACUUACUCAUUGGUGCAUCAUGUGAUAUUUGGUCGAUUUCUUUUAUGUUACAUUGUAUGCCUAAUCUUAAACAUUUUUAUUUUUAUCUUCUUGUACAAACAUCAUCAUGGCCAUUUACUAAUCCAUAUCUUGAUGGAUAUGUAUGGCAACAAAUAUUAGAAAAUCUUUCAUAUUUAUCAAAAUUUGAAUUUCAUAUGACUGUGACAAAAAGAAAACCAAAAUUAGAUUUAGAUUUUGUUAUUAAUUCAUUUAAUUAUUUUGUUAAAAAAUAUUCUAAUUGGAAUAUGAUUAUUGAUAGUUGGUUAUAUGGUUCUCAUCUUCAAGAUGAACUUAUCAUAUUACGAACAAUGAAUUAUAUUAAAGGCAAAUUUGCUGCAAAAAUAAAUAUUCCUUGUAUUCAUUUCAGAACAUUUGAAACACGAACAACAGAAAAAACAAUUGAUGAACAUUAUUCAUUUUAUUCUGAUAUAACAAAAUUAACAGUAUAUAUACAAAAUAAAAAAUCAAAUGUUACUUGGUCUUGUCCUUUAUUUCAAAAUGUUACUAAUCUUCUUGUAGAAAUGUCAAUAAUAAAAUCAUCAUGGUGGAAUAAUUUAUUUAAUAUAGCUAAUUUUCGACAAACAACUAAUGAUAACAAUGCACAAGAAAAUCUUACUUAUCUAUCAAAUUUUGUUGAUUUAAAAAAUAUAACUACAUUAGAAUUUUCAUCAGCAUUUCAUAUUAAUCGAUGGAAACAUGUUGAAUUUAUUUUAAAAUCAUGUCCAAAUGUGCUUAUUCUUAUUAUUAAUACUUCAUUAUUACGCUAUUCAAAAAUAAUUGAUAAUUUAUCUCUUAUUCCAAUUUUCAAACAAAUUAAACUGAUUAAAUCAAUUACUGAAGAUAUUUAUUUUUCUUCAAGUUUUAUAUUAAAAUUUGUGGAACGUUUUCCUUCACUUGUUCAUAUUGAACUACAAGUAUUUUCAUUUGAUAUUUGUUCAUUUAUUAUUGAAGUAUUUCUUACUAAAUUAGAACAAUUAGCUUAUGUCAAAAUUAAUUAUCAUCAAGAUACAUUACUUGAUGAUUAUUUUACACGUGAAUAUAUUAUUACGAAACGUCGUCAAGUAUUUCCCAUUAACAUCAUUAAUCAACAAAUGAUUAAUGUCAAAAAUAAUGGUGAAAUUAUUGAAAUUUGGUUGUCAUAA